AUGGUAGUCUCAAUUUCGACGCUACUGUGUGCAGUCCAAACCAGCACGGCGCAACAAUACCUUGCAGUCAACUGGAGUUCAAAGUCUUAUGGACCGGAUGGGCCGUGGAACGCAAUAACCAUCAAAGUGGGUGGCAGCCAAAAUAGCAGUAACAUUGCCUCGGAACAAGUCUCGGUAGACCUUCUAGUUGGCAGCUAUUAUGCCUCGUACAUACCUUCGAGCUCAGCUUGCCGACCCUAUGGUCCACAGUGCGGUACCGGAGGAGAAUGGGACCCAGACACAUCUGUACCGAGUUCAUCGCCUCCAAAUAUCUGGGAUGCCCCAUCUGCUGUAAAUAUCACAGGCACUGUAUAUCCUGCGGCAGUCACCCUUGGCUCUGCAGAUAAACAGAAGACGGUCUACGAUAUUGACCUUGCCACUAUUGACACCUUUUCCGUCGAGUACCCGAACCAAAAGACUGCAGCUCCGGAACUUGGCUUNUUUGCACUGAACAGUGGCAACGAUGAAGAUACUCAGGCUCUGAACUACAACAAAGACGGUGUAGAUCCCUGGAUCGUCGCUGGCGCGUUGUAUAACCAAUCCAUCAUACCAUCCUAUUCAUACGGCUUGCACGUUGGCUCCGCGGCGCUGAACUAUAGUGGUUCACUCAUUCUGGGUGGUUACGACAAGGGAAGAGCCAUUGGGCCAUAUACGAGCUACGCUGGUUAUUCCGCUACCCUGCUAGACAUAACAAUCAAUGUCGAAACAGGCUCGAGUCCUUUUUCUUUUAGCAACGCUUCAGGCCUUCUCAUGAACACUCUUGGACAGCCAGACUCCUUGAUCGUCAAGGUGGAUCCCAUGCCUCCAGGCUUGCAUCUUCCUGCCCAAACCUGCUCAGCCCUGGCAGAGAAGCUUCCCAUCUAUUUUGAUCCAACCACCCAGUAUUGCCUCUGGAACAUAUCUGACCCAUCUUACGAGACAAUCAUCAAUUCCCCAGCAUACCUAGGAUUUCACUUCACUCCAGCUCCUGGUGACGAGGCCAACGUUACAAUCAAGGUCCCUUUCAAACUUCUGAACCUCACGCUUACAUCCCCUGUGGUAUCCUCAGUUGUGCAAUACUUCCCGUGCAUGCCCUUCGAUAUGCCGCGUGGGGAUCAGUGGCGUCUCGGCCGCGCUUUCCUUCAAGGCGCUUUCCUAGGCUACAAUACUCAAACAAACACAAUGUGGCUCGCGCAGGCACCUGGCCCUGGAGCUUCCAACCAAGGACUCGGUUUUGAACCUCAGAACAUGAGUGGUGGCGCUACAACACUUGACAUAACUAACGAUCAGACCUUGUUCGCACAGUCUUGGGCUAAUCAUUGGACACCGCUGAAUGACUCCAAGCCAUCCAAUUCCAAUUCCAGCUCUAAUUCCACAUCUCCAACGACGGCGCCUAACAGCGUUAACAAACACCAUACUGAUCUUUCAGGUGGAGCGAUAGCAGGAAUCGUAGUAGGCGUCAUUGCCGGGGUUGCCCUCGUCGUCGCUAUCAUCAUCUACCUUCUGAGACGACAGAGAAAACAACCCUUCCAACCCGUUUCACAGGAGUCUUCGGAGGCUUCGUCUAAUAUGCAGCACAAAGAAGGACACGCAGAGCUUCCAUACGACCACCAGGUUCAGGAAUUGCCGCCACAUGCGAUAAGCAAGGAACUGCCUGUGCCUGAACAGACUCAUGAACUCGAUUCGACUUGA